AUGGCUCAUAUCCCCGGACAAAUCACAUCCCACAGCACCCAUGCCUGGCUCGAACAACCAAGCCUAGUUGACACCCAGGAUGUUCUCGAUUACUUCUCACAGGACGAUUCCCUCCUUACAAGCAACGAGAUGCCCUCGCUCGAUCCCCCUUCCGGCGACGAGCAGUCCUCCAUGCCCCAAAUCUCCUCUCCCAACAACCACCCUGCAUCCCCUUCGCCCAUCUCAUUUCCUCCUUCGCCCUCGGUCUCUGGCAAAAUACAGCAGUGCUCCACCCCUUUUGCCUACCUCAGCCUCAACACCACCACCAACAACCUCACUUCCAGCCCUACUUCGAUGCCCAUCAGCGUCUCCUACCAAAACACCCUCCUGGACACAUCUUCCUUGCUGGAUGACCUUGCGCUUAGGGGUCAGCGAUACACACUCACAGCCCAGCCAUUUGACCACUCCGCAGCGAACCAUCCCUCUCGAUCAAUACUCCCAAGAAUAGCCGGUGUGAACGGCACCACCGCCACUACCCAAGGAUAUUGCGAGCAAGGGCAAAACCAAGAUACGGAAAUGUGCAGUGCUCCUCCACAAGUAAAUCUCUGGGCAGCAGACAACGAGUACCAACGACAGAUCGCCCUCUCGGCCCCCCACAACCUCAGCCUUGCCCAGGGCCACAUCCACCCCAUCGAGUCCCGCUCAUCACUCCAUUGGCACCCUUACAACCGCCACAGCUCACACUCUCACCCAACAGAUCUCCAUUCUGGACUCGCCGAUCAACUCAGUUCAAGACAACUCUCUGCACCGUCCUCACCCAUCAUGCCAUCCUCCGCCGCAGCCAUCGGCUCGCCUACCUGGCUGCCCCUGUCUCAGCACCGUCGCACCCUGAGCGCCGGUCAUUCCACCACGGAGGAGUAUGAGCGCCGCUUCUCCGAAAGCGAUGUCAUGGGCCAAUUGGCACCGGAUUUUGCCAUGUCCCUGAACUUUUUCCAAUCAGAGUCCACCUCCUCAUCCGUGACUCCACAGCCCCUAUCGCCUACCUUGUCAACAGACCAGAAUGCCUUGUCCGCCACCAGCCCAACAAACUCUGCUACCGGAUCCACACAAGGCAGCAGUGGCGCUCAAGGUAUCUACAAGUGCGACUAUGAGGGAUGCACCAAGAGUUUCUCCAGACCCUACAAUCUCAACUCUCACAUCAGGACCCACACCAACCUACGUCCGUACCAGUGCGACCAUUGCGAACGUCAGUUUGCCCGCCUCCAUGACAAGAAUCGCCAUGAGAGACUCCACCGCGGUGUUCGUCCCUUUGCAUGUGAGCGUUGCCAACACCACUUUGCUAGGAUGGAUGCACUGAACCGACACUUGAAAGUUGAGGGCGGCCGCAACCUGUGCAACAUGUACCUGAUCCAGAUCAACUCGCCCAAUGCCAUGCCUCUUGUCGAUCUGCCUCCGAAGAAGAUCAACCCCUUGAUCCUCGCCCACUUUCCCAACUUUGGAAAGUCGGACGACGAACGGACAGAGGAUCAACCCUAA